AUCAGUUGUGUCCAAUCACAGCUGAUCACUGAUGAUCUGUGCAGCCCCAGCAGCGCCACCUGUCAGUGUCCAUCAGUGCCAGCUGUCAGUGCUCAUCCACGCCACCUUCCAGUGCCCAUCAGUGCCACAUUUUGGUGCCCAUCAGUGCCACAUAUCAGUGCCCAUCUCAUCUGCAUUUCAAUGUCACCCAUCAGUGCCAGUCAGUGCCGCCUAUCAAUGCGCCUAGUCAGUGCCCCUAUCAGCGCCCAUCAGUGCUGCCUAUCAGUGCCGCCUAACAGUGCCAGUCAUGGCGCCUAACAGUGAUGGCGCCUAUCAGUGCCAACUAUCAGUGCCAUAUAUGAGUGCUGCCUUUCAGUGCCCAUCAGUGAUGCCUGUCAAUGCCCAUCAGUGCCACCUACCAGUGCCUCAUCAGUGCAUCAGUGCCACCUAUCCGUGUCCAUCAGUGCAGCCUAUCAGUGCCCAUCACUG